CGAUCGCUCGGACGCUGUGACGCCACAUGCGUUUCUCUCCGGACCCGCAGUCGCUUGCCGCCGCCGUUGAGCUCGCGAUCGCCACUCGCUCCGCCCUCCUCGGACGCGCCGCCCAUGCCGUCGCGGUCAAGAACCUGUCCCCUGGACCGCUCCCCGCCUUCCUCUCCAGUCACUUCGUCAACAUGUACUCCAAGCUCGACCUCCCUUCCGCCGCCGCAGCCGUGCUCUCCCUCGAUCCUGACCCCUCCGUCGUCACUUGGACCGCUCUCAUCUCAGGUGCCUCCCAGAACGGUCGUCCCCUUUCCGCCCUGGCCCACUUCGCCGCCAUGCUCCGCUCCUCCGUCCGCCCCAACGACUUCACCUUUCCUUCCGCCUUCAAGGCCGCCGCCUCUGCCCGGAUGCCCCUCGCCGGACGCCAGAUUCAUACCACGGCCUUCAAGUGCGGCUUCCUUGCCGACGCCUUCGUGGCCUGCGGCGCCCUCGAUAUGUACUACAAAACUGGUCUCUGUGUCGAUGCGCGACGCCUGUUUGGAGAAAUGCCUCAGAGAAGUGUAGUAGCUUGGAACGCAGUAAUGACCAAUGCGGUGCAAGAUGGACGGCCAGUUGAGGCAAUCGACGCCUUCGUCAAGCUUCGUUUGGAUGGAGGAGUCCCAAACACCAUCUCUCUUUGUGCCUUCUUAAACGCCUGCGCUGGUGUUUCUUACUCGUCUCUUGGAGCCCAGCUCCAUGCCUUCGUGAUCCAAUCGGGGUUCCUUGAUGAUGUUUCAGUCGGCAACGGGUUCAUUGAUUUCUAUGGUAAAUGUCACAUGGUUUUCGAGGCACAGAAAUUGUUUGAUGAAAUGCGCAUUAGGAAUGAUGUCUCAUGGUGCUCCCUAAUAGUUGUAUAUGCACAGAAUUAUGCUGAAGAAGAGGCUUUUAGAGUGUAUCUGGGUGCAAGGAGAGAAGGAAUUCUGCCCACCGAUUUCAUUGUCUCUAGUGUCCUCACCACUUGUGCUGGCCUUUCAGGGCUCGACCUUGGUCGCUCAUUGCAUGCCGUUGCCGUCUGUUCUUGCAUCACCGGUAACAUAUUUGUUGGGAGUGCUCUUGUUGACAUGUAUGGUAAAUGUGGGAGCAUCAGGGAGGCAGAGCAGGCAUUUGAAGAAUUGCAUCAGCCGAAUCUCAUCUCGUGGAAUGCUCUGAUAGGAGGGUAUGCUCAGCUUGGUGAUGCACAUAUGGCUCUCUCUGUGUUUGAUGACAUGAUAAGAUGUGGUCAGGUAACACCCAACUACAUCACAUUUGUGAACCUGAUCAGUGCUUGUGGCAGGGGAGGAUUCACGAAGGAAGGAUUAUACUUGUUUGAGACGAUGAAAGAAAGGUUUGGGAUUGAACCAAGAACAGAGCACUAUGCAUGUGUGGUGGAUUUGCUUGGACGCGCAGGGAUGGAAGAGCGUGCUUAUGAGUUUAUCAAAACAAUGCCAGUUACGCCAUCAAUCCCCAUGUGGGGAGCACUUCUUGGUUCUUGCAAAAUUCACGGGAAGACUGAGUUGGGAAGGAUCGCUGCACAGAAGCUGUUUGAGAUUGACCCCCAAGACUCUGGGAAUCACGUGCUGCUCUCCAACAUGUUUGCUUCAGCUGGAAGAUGGACAGAAGCAACAGAAGUGCGGAAGGAAAUGAAAGAUGUCGGGAUCAAGAAAGAUCCAGGAUGCAGUUGGAUCACAUGGAAGAAUGUGGUGCAUGUUUUUCAAGCAAAGGACACAACCCAUGAGAUGAACAAUGAAAUCCAAGCGACAUUGCGCAGACUAACAAAGGAGAUGCAGGCAGCUGGAUACACACCUGAUACGCAAUAUGUCCUUUAUGAUUUAGAAGAAGAAGAAAAGGAGACUGAGGUGCUCCAGCACAGUGAGAAGCUUGCUCUCGCCUUUGGGAUCAUCUCCAUUCCCCCUAGCCUCCCGAUAAGAAUCACCAAAAAUCUCCGAGUAUGCGGGGACUGCCACCAGUAUAUUAAGUUCAUCUCAGGCAUUGUUGAUCGAGAGAUCGUUGUGAGGGACAACAACAGGUUCCAUUAUUUUAAAGAUUAUCAGUGCUCUUGCGGGGAUUAUUGGUGAAAGUUAUAUCUCUAAACAACACAAUCAGAGCCCACAAAAAUAAUCUGGCAAAGAGAAUUGAAGAUCCUGCUUCUCGUCAUCAAUCCACAUGACUGGCAAUUGUCAUUGCAGUAAGGAACGUCAUUUCGAUGAACUUGGAUUCAGUGAGUCAUCAGAUAAGAUGUAUCAUACUGAACCAGAAUCUUCAUUCCAUUAUAUUCUUCUUUUUUCUCCUUAUUUUUAAGUUAUGAUGUAUGUCUAGGCUACCACUGUUUUGAAUAUACUGAGACAGAACAGUUCGUAUCAAAAGAAUGAUACGGGACGAUUAUUACAAAUUGUGACCAAAUGAAAAUCAUCUUGAUUCAAAA